GGUAUAGUUGUGAGAUAAACAUGGCGGAUAGGUAGGCGCGAGUUAUAGUACUUCCUUUACCUCGUAAGGAAGUGCAUUCGAUUAUUUCAUUUGAAUGGCUUUAUCACUUCGGCAUGUUGUAGAUCAGCUAUUUUCGGAAGCUCGCCUAGCAAAAGAGAAGCAUGGUCAUCUAACAGAUGAAGUACUUUCCGCGUUACACUUUGUAUUCCACCAGCCACUGUUAGAUGCUUUAGACUUAAUAGACAGGAAGAAUAUUACAAAGUUACCAACUCCCAGUGGAAGGGUUCUAUAUCAGUGUUGGUCAAGAUGGAAUCUCUUAUGGUAAGCAAGGAAAGGAAAUGAGAAUUGUAAAGAGUUUAAAGUAAUUUGAGUGCAAGCACCUGUUGGCUGUUCAUCUCGCUGAGGCCUUAGGAGAAUGCAAAAACCAAAUCAUCACCGAUGAGGAUUUUGUAGCCUACGUGUGUUACGAUUGCGUUGCAGAUAACAAAAAGAACGAGGAGCAUCUAUAAGAAUUAGAAACUGGACACCUGUUUCUCCACCGCUGGUCAUUUUUAACUUCACAGCACCAAUGGCGAUCAACAUUAUUGACAUUUAUAUUAGAAACGGACCUUUUUCUUCCAGCUUCUUAGCCUGGCGUUUCAAAAUGUUUACAAGUAAAAGUAAAAAUUAUUCAAGAGAGGUUGUUAUUUGCCAUCGAUCGAGUAUCUGGGUUUCAUUUGAGAAAUUUUUCGAAUUGAAAUGACGAUUUCCAUAAUAAUAAAUAAAUAAAUUGCUUUCAAAAA